AUGGAGCAGUCGAGUGUUGGCGGAACUUCAAUUCAAAUUUCAAACACCGAUAUCAUUCAACCGCAACAACCACAACAACCGUCAUUGACAUACACAUUCUCCAACAAAUUAGCAAAAUAUAAAGUCAUUGAAAAGGUUGGAGAAGGAACAUACGGAGUAGUAUUUAAAGCUAUUGAUAUCACCACCGGAAAGUUAGUGGCCAUCAAAAGGAUUAGGCUUGAGAGAGAGGAAGAAGGAGUUCCUUCGACAACAUUGCGAGAAAUUGCACUUUUGAAACAACUUUCUCAUCCUAACGUUGUCAAAUUGCAUGAGGUGGUUCAUGAUUCGAAUCAAUUAAAUUUGAUUUUUGAGUUUGUGGAUAUGGAUCUUAAAGCAGUGAUUGACAAACAACGAGAGAAAAAACAAUAUUUUCCAUCCAUUACUGUUAAAAAGUACAUGUUUCAAAUGUUGAAUUCUUUGGCCUAUUGCCACUCGAAUAGAGUGCUUCACAGAGAUAUUAAGCCACAAAACAUUCUAAUUGACAGUGAAGGAAAUGUGAAAUUAGCAGACUUUGGAUUAGCACGUGAAUUUAACAUUCCAGUGAGAACGUUAACAAAAGAGGUGAUAACACUGUGGUAUCGAUGCCCUGAAUUGUUACUUGGCGCAAACAAAUAUUCAACUGCAGUGGACCUGUGGUCAAUUGGGUGUAUCUUUGCGGAACUCGUUUCAUUGACCCCUCUGUUUCCAAGUGAUUCAGAAAUUGAUCAUUUAUUUAAAGUGUUUCAACUUUUAGGAACGCCAAAUGAGGAUAGUGGCAUUGCUCAUCUUCCUAACUAUCGAAACACCUUUCCCAAGUGGAAAGGCAAUUUGCUUGCCUCAAAAUUUCUUCGAACACCAUUCGAAAAAGAUGUUCUCGGUUUGGACUUGCUUGCAAGAAUGCUUACCAUCAACCCAGCUCAUAGAAUUAGUGCUCACGACGCACUAAAGCAUCCAUACUUUGACGAGUUACUGAAUUGUUAA